CUGCCACCUCCCCCUGACCACGCGGUAGGGGCGGGGGAAGUGAAGGACCCGCCGCAUCCCUUGCAGGUCGGGAUGUCUGUGCGGAGCAGCCAUGCUCCAGGGUACUUCGGCGCCCGAGAAGCGGCCGCCUCCUGAGCGGUACGGCUGAAAGAACGGCUUCAACUGGAACGUGGGCGUGCCAGGAAAAGCCGCCUUCUCCGGGUGUUGACUGCGUGGGUGGAGCCAGAACCGGAUGCAGGGGGCGGUGUGGCACGCAGGGGCCAAUCACGACAGACGCUGGCACGUGAUCUCCCGUAGCCAAUGGGAGGCCGCGGGGGCCGCGGCGGGGAAAUUCAAACGCGUUUAGGAGAGGGCUUGAGGUUGCGUCUUUUCUGGUCUCCGGCUCGGCCUCCCGAAGGGGAGGACUCCGCUGCUGACCCGAAGGGCCGGCGGUGGCCGGCGUGCGGUUCCUGAGUCGACUAGCUGCAACGUAGAAAUGGAGGCGGAAGAUUCAAGUGGCAGAGAAUUGACAAUUGACUCCAUAAUGAACAAAGUGAGAGAUAUUAAAAAUAAGUUUAAAAAUGAAGACCUUACUGAUGAGCUGAGCUUGAAUAAAGUCUCUGCCGACACGACAGAUAACUCAGGAAAUGUUAACCAAAUUAUGAUGACGGCGAACAACCCAGAGGACUGGUUAAAUUUCUUGCUGAAACUAGAGAAAAACAGUGCCCCACUAAAUGACGCUCUUUUAAAUAAGCUGAUUGGGCGUUAUAGUCAAGCCAUUGAAGUGCUUCCUCCUGAUAAAUAUGGCCAAAAUGAGAGUUUUGCUCGAAUUCAAGUGAGAUUUGCUGAAUUAAAAGCUAUUCAAGAGCCUGAUGAUGCACGUGACUACUUUCAGAUGGCCAGAGCAAACUGCAAGAAGUUUGCUUUUGUGCAUAUAUCUUUUGCACAAUUUGAACUGUCUCAAGGCAAUUUCAAGAAAAGUAAGCAACUUCUUCAUAAAGCUGUAGAAAGCGGAGCAGUACCACUAGAGAUGCUGGAAAUUGCCCUCUGUAACUUAAGCCUCCAAAAGAAGCAGCUGCUUUCAGAGGAAGACAAGAAAAGUUUAUCAGCAUCUACAACACUAGCAGCCCAGGAAUCAUUCUCCAGUUCACUUGGACAUUUACAAAACAGAAAUAUGAGUUGUGACUCCAGGGGACAGGCUGCUAAGGCCAGGUUGUUGUAUGGAGAGAAUAUGCCACCACAAGAUGCAGAAAUAAGUCAUCGGAACCCCAUAAAACAGACAAGCAAAACCAAACGGUCAUGCCCCUUUGGAAGAGUCCCAGUUAACCUUCUCAAUAGCCCAGACUGUCACAUGAAGACGGAUGGUUCAGCUCUGCCAAAUUAUACAAAAAGACAGAUAUCUGGAUCAGAAUGCCGAGAGUUGAUUGCACCUGGAUCUAAACCAAGUGGAAAUGAUUUCUAUGAAUUGAGGGGUUUAAAGCAUCUUCAAAAUAUACAUUCCAUGGAAUCUCUGGUGUCUGAUGAGAAGAGUUCUGAACCUAAUACUGAUUCAGUAACCUUGAAGAAUAAAACUGAACCAAGUUUCCUAACUAAAUUAGAAGAAACUAAAGAGCACCCAGAACCAAGGAUUCCAGAAAGCAAGCACAAGCAGUGGCAAUCCAAGAGCAAGGCAGAGAGUGCAAACCAGAAUCCUGCCGCACUCCCAAGUCAGCGGCUUGUUCCAGAUGUAACCCCGAAGGUCGAUAGAGAACAGAAGUGUGCCACUAUUGAGCAACUUGCCUUUUCAGUUUCAAAGCAGUCACCACCAAUAUCAGUACCUAAGUGGAUUGACCCAAAGUCUGUCUGCAAGACACCAAGUAAUGAUGCCUUGGAUGAUUACAUGAGCUGCUUUAGAACUCCAGUUGUAAAGAAUGAGCUCCCGCUCACGUGUCCAUCAUCAACACCCUUCAGCCAGCUUGCCUGUUUCCAGCAGAAGCAGCAAGGCCUCGCUACUCCUCUUCAGAGCUUACAGAUUUCAGGGUGUUCUUCAACCAAUGAAUGCAUUUCAGUUAAAGGAAGAAUUUAUUCCAUUUUAAAGCAAAUAGGCAGCGGAGGCUCAAGUAAGGUCUUUCAGGUAUUGAAUGAAAAGAAACAUAUAUAUGCUAUAAAAUAUGUGAACCUAGAAGAUGCUGAUAAUCAAACUAUUGAAAGUUACCGGAAUGAAAUAGCUUAUUUGAAUAAACUACAAGCUCACAGUGAUAAGAUCAUCCGACUCUAUGAUUAUGAAAUCACAGACCAGUACAUCUACAUGGUAAUGGAAUGUGGAAAUAUUGAUCUGAAUAGUUGGCUUAAAAAGAAAAAAUCCAUCAAUCCCUGGGAACGCAAGAGUUACUGGAAAAAUAUGUUGGAAGCAGUGCACACAAUCCAUCAACAUGUGAAUGUUUAUUUUGAAGGCAUUGUUCAUAGUGAUCUGAAGCCUGCAAACUUUCUAAUAGUUGAUGGAAUGCUAAAGCUAAUUGAUUUUGGAAUUGCAAACCAAAUGCAACCAGAUACAACCAGCAUCGUUAAGGAUUCUCAGGUUGGCACAGUAAAUUACAUGCCACCAGAAGCAAUCAAGGACAUGUCCUCUUCAAGAGAGAAUGGGAAAUCCAAAUCAAAGAUAAGCCCCAAAAGUGAUGUUUGGUCCUUAGGAUGCAUUUUAUACUAUAUGACUUAUGGAAAAACACCAUUUCAGCAUAUAAUUAAUCAGAUUACCAAAUUACAUGCAAUAAUUGAUCCUAAUCAUGAAAUUGAAUUUCCUGAUAUUCCAGAAAAAGAUCUUCAAGAUGUGUUAAAGUGUUGUUUAAUAAGAGACCCUAAACAGAGGAUAUCCAUUCCUGAGCUCCUUGCACAUCCAUAUGUACAAAUCCAAACUCACCCAGGCACCCAAGUAGCUAAGGGAACCACUGAUGAAAUGAAAUACGUUCUAGGUCAACUUGUUGGCCUGAAUUCUCCUAACUCCAUCUUGAAAGCUGCCAAAACUUUAUAUGAGCGCUAUAGUUGUGGGGAAAGUCAUGAUUUUUCAUCCUCCAAGACUUCUGAAAAACAGUGGGAAAGAAAGUGACAUACAGCUACUCAGACUGUCAGAAACACUACUCUCAAAUAUAUUGGACUGCUGUACUUUUGAUUUGGAAUACAGCUUCACCUGAAUUUUAUCUGUAAAAAUCUUGAAUAUCUCAUCCUUAAAAGAAAACUGUAAAGUUACCAACCACUAAUGAAUAGUACUGUAUAUAUUAAAUUAUAGAAUUGGUUUUCUCUGUUUUAUGCUUUCCUGUAAAUCUACUCUUGUUGCAUUUCUCUCUUGAGAGUGGGUGAGCAACUGAGAUAGAUUCUGAAGAUCCAUGUAAAUAAAGCUUAUAGCAUGAGCUAUACCACA